GGCUUUGGUUUUGCCUCAGCUCAAGAAAUGACAUAGGAGUUAACGUUUUAGCGUUUUACUUUGAAGCGCAGCCGGAAGUCGCGUUUUCAGUUAGGCUAACUUGACGGUGUAGUUGCCAAAGUAAUAGUUAGCUAAGGCGAAGAGAGGAGGGCAGAUAGGGCAGUCUGAGAGAGAGAGAGAGAACAACAUCAUGUAGUUUAACACAGACUGUGUUACUUUAAACAUCCACACCUCGUGUUUCUUCCGUCUGUUUGUUCACCUGGACCUGCGUCUGUGUUUUUAAACGUCCAACCGACAUCAUGUUCCUGCGCGGGUCUAAAAAGCGACGGUCGAACCGCUCGCAGGAGGAAGAGGACCCAGACAGAGGCCAGCCCUGUAUGCGCUGCGGAGACCAGUGCCCCGGCUUCCGUGUCCAUGGCUGGAGGAAAAUCUGUGUGCACUGCAAGUGUAUGCGAGAGGAGCAUGCUGUGCGCUCUGUGCCGGGCCAGCUGGAAAAGAUGAUGACGAAGCUGGUAUCCGACUUCCAGAGACACUCCAUCUCGGACGACGACUCGGGCUGUGCCUCCGAGGAGUACGCCUGGGUCCCACCUGGGAUCAAGCCUGAACAGGUAUACCAGUAUUUCAGCUGCUUACCAGAGGACAGGGUGCCUUACGUGAACAGUCCAGGAGAGAGAUACCGAAUCAAACAACUGCUGCACCAGCUGCCGGCCCACGACAGCGAGCCCCAGUACUGUAACUCUCUGGACGAGGAGGAGAAGAAGGAGCUGCGUCUGUUCAGCCAGCAGAGGAAAAAAGAAAACUUAGGCAGAGGCGUCGUCAGACUCUUCCCUGUGACCAUGACGGGAGCUAUAUGCCAGCAGUGUGGCAGACAGAUCUGCGGUGGAGACAUAGCGGUGUUUGCCAGUCGGGCCGGACAUGGCAGCUGUUGGCACCCUCAGUGUUUCCAGUGUGCCUCCUGCAGUGAGCUGCUGGUCGAUCUGAUCUACUUUUACCAGGACGGACAGAUCUACUGCGGCCGGCACCACGCUGAGAGGCUCAAACCCCGCUGCCAGGCCUGUGAUGAGAUUAUUCUAGCAGAUGAAUGCACAGAGGCAGAAGGAAGAUAUUGGCACAUGAAGCACUUCUGUUGUUUUGAGUGUGAGGCUGCGCUCGGCGGUCAGCGUUACAUCAUGAGAGAGAGUCGACCGUACUGCUGCUCCUGCUACGAGUCCCUUUAUGCAGAGUACUGCGAUACCUGCGGAGAACACAUAGGUAUCGACCAGGGCCAGAUGACAUAUGAGGGUCAGCACUGGCACGCCGUGGAGUCGUGUUUCUGCUGCGCCCGCUGUCGACUGCCUUUGCUGGGACGUCCCUUCCUCCCUCGAGGGGGGCUCAUCUUCUGCUCCAGGCCCUGCUCGCUGGGCGAAGACCCCAACAACUCCGACUCCUGUGACUCAGCGCUGCAGAGCCGACCGCCUCAGCAUAAUAGACGCUGCGGGACAGCAGAGAAACACCAGCAGCAGCAGUGUGGUUCUCCACUGAAGCCACUAGAGGGCAUUACUGUAACUGCAAAAGACUGCAUUCACACUGCAGUGGAAAACAGAGGCGUCCACUGCACUGCUCCAGUCCAAAACGGAGUUCCUCCCGGAGGUCAUCCUCAUCCAAGAGGCUCCUACUCACCUCUUCCCCAUAUUCAUCUAGGAAAUGGUUUAGGUCCAUCAUGGCCCAGUGACCUUCCACAUUACAGUUUACUGCCGGAGGACUGUGGCAUCAAACCUCCAGUCAGUGGUCGUCAGUUCCAGGAAGAGCUAGUUGUAAACACUGGACUAACUGGCCUUAAUUCACGAGGAACCUCGACCACUAAAGACUGUAGGAAGUGGGUGGAAAGGACGAAUCAGGUUAUGCAAGUGUUUCCUCCUCAGAAAACCUCACCUGUGAGCCCCCUCGUUUCACCUGACUCACCUCCCCUCCCGCCCAACAACCCAUCCGUCCUCCCGCCUCCUCUGCCCGUCAAGUCUCGUGACUUGAUACCCCGGGAGUCACCCCCACCCAGCCUUCCCCAAAUAGAGGACAGAACCCCAGAUUCUCCACCCCCAAUCACUCGCAGUGGCACAGCCAGAGUGAGCUUCAGAGAACCAAUCAGCAGCAGCUACUCUGUCGAGGAGGAUGAGGACGAGGAAGAGAACGAAGAGGAGCUGCAAGAGGAUGAGGAAAACCAGCAGGACGGAGGUGAGGUGGAGGGAGGUUUUGGAAACAGGUUACAUCUACAGAAAGGUAUCCCGCCCCAGAUGGAUCUGCUGGAUGGAUCCUCUUAUCAUCAGCGGAGCCUGAGGCGAGGGUGGAGUCGUUGUCGUAUCCCCUCUGACCCCACUCUCUAUCCGGGCACGGAGAGGCGAUCCCGUCGCUCACGGCCUGACCGGCCCCGGCUGGACGCCCUGGACUGGAGAUCCGAGAAGGAAAGGGACAGGGAGAGGGGCUCAUCCAACGCCUCCUCACUCACCCUCCAGUCAGCCCGCUACAAACACGAAGACUCCUGCUCCACAUGCUCCUCGUCCUCAGACUCAGAGGAGGAGGGCUUCUUUCUCGGACAGCCCAUACCUCUGCCCCCGCAGCUCAGAAAACAGCCGGCCGAGGAGGGUAAAGACAGGGAGGGAGAGGGGGAGAGGGAGGUGCAGAGAGACUCAGGGCUGAGAGGAAGCAUAAGACGGAGAAGAGCUCACAGUCUUGGUGCAAAGGACAAGGAUAAAAACUGUGCAAUUUCCUAACCCCCAACAGCGAGUGACAUCAACACACAGCAUGUUAUUUUCUAAAUUGUGGUGCACAAGAAGAACUAAUGGCCCUUCAUUAUUCUGUUGUUCAAGUUUUACAACGGUGACAUGAUGUUAAAUCCAACUCACAAGUGUGGACUUUUUUCUGAAGGUGAACCACAGCCAUUGUUCCUCAUUGGCAAAGGGAAGCAAAAUACACCUCAGAGAAGUAGCUCAACUUCAUAGUGUUGACUUCUCACUGUUAAUCUCUGAGAUGUUACAUUGUAGAAAAUGAUGUACAUGGUGUAUGAAUCAUGUGAGUAGUGGUGGAUGUUGAAUGAGUAUUGGUUAUGAUUAUGUUUGAAUUACAUGCUAACAUCCAGGAGAAGACUCAGACCUGUUUGUUUGAACUGUCGUGACCUUGUAGUUAAAUAUCACUACAUUUUACAUAUAUGCAAAUCUCUAGUAUCACCAGGAACUGACAGCACAUUCCUCCAUCACUGUUUGUAUCAAAAAAGAAUAUUAAGUUUAUCUUAUCUUAAUUCUGCUGUAACCAUUUUCUGUGCUCUUAUGUGCAAUUUUAUAUAGUAAAGAAUACUAAAUGGCCAAAUAGUAUGUGACGGAGUAUGAUUACUUCAGCAAACUGUGGUAGUUUUAUAUGUUAUCAAAAUCAAAAGGAUUUGUGUGAACUGUGGAGGUUCAGUUUUUUUUGUGUGUGUGUAUGUUGUAUAGUCCAAAACGAAAUACUGCAAAAUCUGUACACGUCUCUAAUCAUCUAAGGCUGAAAGGUCAUUUAUUUUUAUAUACUUGGUGUAGGUCACUGUUCUUUCUUGUUUUAUUUGGGUUAAAGAAAGAGAUGAUAAUGACAGUUUGUUUGAUUGUGAGACAGAAAUAUGGUGACAUUAAAUUUGUCUAAAUUGUUGGUCUAAA